AUGCCAGCAGCUGAGGACGAACGAGACCCGAACGGGGUCCCCUUCAUCGUCGCGCCGAUCCCGUCCCAGGACCCGGUCAAGAAGGAUGACAAGGGCAAGUCGCCGGAAGGAGACGACGACAAGAAGGAUCCGACCACGACGGCCACGGCCACGGCGGCCAAGGGGGAUGAGAAUGAGCUGGUCAGUCUCUGAGCAACCGACCACGCGUCGACCUCGCCCUCGACCUCGAUGUCAGCGUCGGCUCCGAAACCAACCCAGCCUGCAACAAAACAAAGUACAACAGCAACUGACUCGUACACGACUCACAGUCCGAAGAGGAUGCUGCACUCAAGAGCGAACUCGAGAUGCUCGUCGAGCGACUCAAGGCGAGUCCCACUCUCUCCACCUCCCACGUAACUCCCCCGUGACUGACAUUCCUCCCCACACAGGAAUCCAACACGUCCUUGUACCGACCCGCACUCGAGUCACUACGGACCUUGAUCCGCACCUCGACCUCGUCGCUCACCUCGGUGCCCAAACCACUCAAGCACCUCCGUCCCCACUACGCCGAGCUCGCCGCCAUCCAGGCCUCGUUGCCGGACCAGCCUUCGACGUCGAUGCUCGACGACGUCAAGAAGGCCGUCGGCAUCACCUCCGCCGACUCGAGCACGGCCUCCGUCAGCGACAAGAGCCUCUUUGCAGACAUCCUCUCCGUGCUCGCCAUGACCUACUCGGACUCGGGCAAGCGCGAAACGCUGUCCUACCGACUCAAGGGCGGCAGCGAGGAGGAUCCGGGACUGUGGGGACACGAGUACGUGCGUCACCUUGCGGCCGAGUUGGGCGAAGAAUACCUCGCCCGACAGAACGAAGAGAGCUCGACCGAGUCGACCGACGACUUGCUCCAGCUCGGAUUGCGUCUCGUCCCCUUUUUGCUCACCCACAACGGCGAGGCCGACGCCGUCGAUCUCUUGCUCGAACUCGAAUCGAUCCCGAGCAUCGUACCCCACGUCGACAAGGACACCUACGCCCGCGUGUGCCUCUACAUGGUCUCGUGCGUGAACCUGCUCAUCUCUCCUGACGACCAACUCUUCCUCAAAACCGCGCGCGAGAUCUACCGCAAGCACGGCAAGUACACCGAGAGCAUCGCGCUCUCGCUCAAGUUGCAGGACAUGGACUUGAUCAAGGAGGACUUCGAAUCCCCGACAAACCCGUGAGUCAAGCGAAGUGCGAAUAUUCACGAGGGGCAGCAUGCUGACGCAUAACCCUUGAAUGGCUUGCUUUGUUCCCACUCAGUCACAUGAAGCGACAACUCGCGUACCUCUUGGCUCGUCAACAAGUCAAUAUUGAAACCGACGAUGAGGACCUCGUCGAGAUCCUCAACAACACCAAGCUAACUGAGAACUUCAAGCGCUUCGGCAAAGAGCUCAACGUCACCGAACCCAAGUCGCUCGAGGACAUUUACAAAUCCCACCUCGAAAACACAUCACGGACCGGCGCCGCCGCGAACGUCGACUCGGCACGUCAAAACUUGGCCGGCACGUUUGUCAACGCCUUCGUCAACACCGGCUUCGGCAACGACAAGCUGAUGGUCAAGGCCGAGGAGGGGCAGAGUUGGAUCUACAAGAACAAGGACCACGGCAUGUUCUCCGCCGCGGCCUCGCUCGGUGUCAGUUUGCUGUGGGACACGGACGUCGGCUUGUCGCAGAUCGACAAGUACGCCUACGCGACCGAGGAACACAUCAAGGCCGGUGCGAUGCUGGCCAACGGGUUGAUUCACUCGGGCAUCCGAACUGAGAUGGACGCCGCGCUCGCCCUCUUGUCCGAACAUGUCGAGUCCAAAUCGGUGCCGUUACGAGUUGCGGCCAUUAUCGGUAUCGGUAUCGCGUACGCUGGCACACAACGGGAGGAUAUUCGAGAGCUCCUUCUUCCAGCUAUCGCCGACUCGGCGGUGACGAUGGAGAUCGCGGCUAUGACGUCGCUCGCGUUGGGCUUCAUCUUUGUCGGUUCGUGCGACGGCGAGGUGACGAUGGCGAUUCUGCAGACCAUGAUGGAGCGCGAGGAAGCUGAGCUCAAGAGUAAGUGGGGUCGCUUCUUGGGCCUUGGACUGGCGUUGCUCUACCUCAGUCGACAGGACGCUUCGGACGCGACGAUCGAGACACUCAAGGCGAUCGAGGCGCCGAUCGGGAAACAGACUUUGGUGCUCGUCGAGAUUCUGUCGUACGCGGGGACAGGGAACGUGCUCAAGAUACAAUCGAUGCUAAACCACUGCUACGAGCACAUUGACGCCGAAAAGGAAGAAGAUUUGCACCAGGCCUUUGCCGUGCUCGGUAUCGCAGUCAUUUCGAUGGGUGAAGACGUCGGUUCCGAGAUGGCGAUCCGACAGUUCAACCACCUGAUGCACUAUGGGGAGCCCGUCAUUCGUCGUGCGGUCCCUCUGGCCUUGGGUCUGAUCUCGGCUUCGAACCCGGUCUUGACGUUGCUCGAUACCCUGUCGCGUUACUCGCACGACAACGACCUCGCCGUUUCGAUCAACGCCAUCUUCGCGAUGGGUCUCGUCGGCGCGGGAACGAACAAUGCGCGCUUGGCACAAAUGCUGCGCCAGCUCGCAUCGUACUACGCCAAAGAACCCGACUGCCUCUUCAUGGUCCGUAUCGCGCAAGGCCUGGUGCAUAUGGGUAAAGGCACAAUCGGGAUCAACCCAUUUCAUACCGAUCGAACCCUCAUGUCCCCCGUCGCCGUUGCGGGUCUAUUGGCGACCAUCAUCGCCUUCACCGAUUCGAAAGAGUUCAUACUCGACAAGUCACAUUGGAUGCUCUACUUUAUCGUCAUGGCCAUGUACCCUCGCUUCCUCAUCACCUUCAACGAGGAAGGCGAACUCUUGCCUGCUACGGUCCGAGUCGGGACCGCCGUCGAUGUUGUGGGUCAAGCCGGUAAACCGAGAACAAUCUCUGGGUUCCAGACGCAUCAAACACCGGUGCGGUUGGGCCAGGUCGAACGUGCCGAGUUGGCGACAGAGGAGUACAUCUCUUACUCGCAUGUACUUGAAGGAUGUGAGUUGCAGCGAUGUUUCCGAUGACUUGCACGCGCCGAUGAAUGCUCACUAACCUAAUUAUUUCCGCUUGGCAAUCACAGAUGUCAUCCUGAGGAAGAAUGAAGGGUACGAGAAGGAGGAUGUCCCGAUGGACACAAAGUAG